CCCAACGGAACGGCCUCGCGCUCGGCUUAUUUCACCUCCCGCCCGCCCAGCCUUUCUUCUUCCCCUCGCUCGCCUUCCUGCUCCCCUGCCUCCCCCUCCCUGCCUCCCAACAAGCCAAGCAAGAGAGCUUGCCACCCCGCCGCACGUCGGCUGAAAAGAAGCGGGCGGAGAGAUGGACCCCAAGCCACGGCGGGGCCGCCUGCGGAGGUGGGCCGGCCUCCUCUCCGCCCUCGUCUCCAGGGGUGGGGCAUGGGUGCGCCGCGCCGCCGCGGCGAUGCGGAGCCGGCUUGCUCGUCGCGCCGCGCUCCUAGUCAAGAGAGGAGGCCUAAGGCGCGCCGAGGAGGAGGGAGACGCCCGCACCGCAGCGGGAGCCGGCGACCCCAAGAGCCUGCCGUCGGCGGUGCAAGGCCGCGGCCAACCGCGGCCGCCAAGUACCCCGCGCUUCCGGGAGGAAGAAGACCACGGGCACGGCGAUGCGAGGGGCUCCGGCAACAGCCUCGUCACCGGGAGUCCCUCGGCGGCGCAAGAAGACCGCGGCAAGAGCAAGACCCGCGACGGCGAGGCCAGCAGGGACGCCGCGCCCGCGACGACACGCGACGAGUCGGGGAACCAGGAGGACUUGCCGCGCCUCCCACUUCAUCGCGGCCAGGGGAUGGACGCCGCGGCCGCGCCCAGCGCCGACCUGUUGGCGCCCGGCGGGAUUGGGGGUGCAGAGCGCACCAAGAUCGGCGACCGCAGCAUCGUCGCGCCCAGCCCCCCGGUGAAGCUGGAGAUUGACGCCGCGGACGACGUGACCGUCGACGCGCCUCCUGUGGUCUCCGACACGUUGCUCGUCCAGCGCGACGUCGCGGCUUCAGCACCUGCGGGCGGGAGCUCGAGUGCAGAGCGCACCAAGAUCGGCGGCGACCGCAGCAUCGUCGCGCCUAGCCUCGUCAAGCAGGAGAUCGACGCCGCCGCGGAGUCCUCCGAUCGCGGCGAAUAAAAGGACGAUACCGCCACAGCCACGCCCGGCGCCGUCCCCGUGGCGCACGGCUGGUGCUCUGGUGGCGAGGAUGAUCAGACUGUUGCCGUCCCCGAGAAGGACCCGCAAGACGAGCUCGACGCGCCGCCUGUCGUCUCCGACGCGGUGCUCGUCCAGCCCGACCUCGCGGCUCCUUCAGCGCCUGCAGGCGGGAGCGGCGAAGCCAGCGAGGCGAGCUCCCAUGCGCGACGGCGUCGACAGCUCGUCGUCGCGAGGAAGAACAAGAAGGCCAAGCGCGCAGCGCCACGUGAGGCUCAGCCUCCCGAUCAGGAUCAGUGCAAUGAGGAUGAGGAUUACAGGGAACAAGCUGACCAGGAAAUGAAAAUGCAUCAGAGCUACCGGAUCAAGGCCCUGCUCUGCCGAAAAGGUUACACUUACUGCCUUAUUUGCCACCUUGCUAGCGGAGAGAAGGAGCUGCCUAAAGAUCAGAACAAGGUAGAGCAUCACAACAUAACUGCUCACUGCUGUCCUGGGAUCAAAUGUGUGAGGGCGGGUUGCUUCACCAGGGCUAGAUACAGCCGCGACAUUGGUCUACACCAAUAUGUUUGCCACAAAUUGUCCUAGGGAUUUGCUUGCUGGAGAACAAUGGAUUUGCAUAACUGCUGAAACUUAAUCAUUCGGGCAAGACUGCAGUGACAGUUCACCUAUCUGAAGAUACCACUGUUAGCCCUUUAGCUUGUGCAGUAACUUUUGGUAGUGCAAAUGAUUAGUUCUCUUUGUGGUUCCUGAACCAACCCUUGAGGAUUUGGUACCUUUUGCUUCAUAUGAUGUGUAUCUUUAUAAUGUACGUGUUAACAUGUUACGGAUCAGGAUGGGAUGGAUAAGUAGUACAUCUGCUGUUUCCAGUUUUGAAAACUGAAUGAAGUGAGAGUAAAUGUAUUGUGUUGCACUUAUUUGCCUCUGAAAAUAUUACACGCCAGCAAUCUAAUGAUGAGUGAAGUA